CGCCAACAAGGGUUUUCGCGUAGAUCUCGUCAGAACAAAGGAUAGUUAACAAGCCUCCUUAACCAUGCAUUGAAACGCGCUAGGGAGUGAUCCCUCGCUCCUUUUCUUUUUCCCGGGAAGAUGCAGACGCACCAUACUCGGCUGUUGGACACGUAUGAUCAUAUGAUCAGGGGCACUGGUGAGUCUCACUUGGAGUCGAUAAGGCCAUGAGUUCCACAAGACCAGGCGAACCACUUCAGCUUUUUGUUCUUUUUCUUUGUUAUCAAUGCAAUCAUGGAGAGCUACUACGGAGGCAUGGGACCUAUGCUCAAUGCAGUGCUAUGGGUUCAAGUAGUCAUCUUUGCAAUCUUUGUUGGACUGAGAUUAUACACGCGAUCUCAAAUCCUGCACUCUGUCGGAGCAGAUGAUUAUCUCGUCGUGGUCGCACUGGUUUUCCAGAUCAUCUACUCCGCCUUCGUAACAGCCGGUACAAAAUACGGUCUCGGUCGAAAGUUCGCAGACAUUGGCAACCCCGAUGCAUACUUCCGAGCCGUCGAGCUGGAGAUUUACAGCCAAGUAGCAGGGCUAAUGGUAAUCGGCCUAGGAAAAUGCGCAGUUGGCAUCUUUUUACUGCGCAUCGUACGGAACAAAUUCCAGAAAGCGUUUAUCUGGGCGUUUCUCGCGGGAACGGUGUUUAUCACGCUGUUUUCUAGUAUUGUUGUCGUUGUGCAGUGUGAUCCGGUUCAGCGGACUUGGGAUCGACGGGUGCCGGGGACGUGUUGGAUUGACUUCUCCAAGGUCGGCUUGACUGUAGGAUCUUGGUUUGUCGUCGUGGACUUUUGUUUCGCGAUUCUUCCGUGGUUCGUAAUAUGGGAGCUCAACAUGAAGCGCAAAGAGAAGAUCACUGUCGCGUGCGGUCUAAGUCUUGGUAUUUUUGCUGGUAUCUGCGGCAUCGUACGUACAGUCGCUCUCAACGGGUUGAACGCCAGUGAAUACAUUUACGACACAGUGGAUAUGCUCAUCUGGUCCGCGACCGAAAGCACCGUAACAAUAAUGUGCUCCUCCAUCCCCGUCCUCCGCCCUCUCUACGUCCGCUUCCGCUACGGCAGCCAAGGCGACAGCUCCGGCGCAGCAAGUUCCUACAAACUACCCAUGUACGGCAAUUACAGCGGUCGAAAAUACGGUAACAGUUCAAUGCCUGGCACAGAAGCAAUUAGCGGGAGCGGACCAUCAAACAGAACAGUUAUUGCGUAUAAUGCAAAUGCCAGUGAUGAGAGCAUACUGCGCGAUACAAAGACUCAGAAUGAUAUCAGCGGGAUUAGAAGAACAGAUGAAGUGUCGAUAAGUUAUGGAAAACAUGACGCUUGAGAGCGGGUUAGCGAGUGGAAGUCAUAGCUACUUGGAGAAAUGUCAAAACAUGUUAAUACGUAAUGUGAAUAUCGACUCACAGUAUUUCCUCUCUCGCCCACCAUCCUAAGUAGUCGCUG